AUGUUCUCAUUUUUUUCAACUAUUUUUAUUAUAUUUGCCAUUAUUACUAAGUCAUACGGAAAUCCAGUGUAUGAUAUUAAUAAUAUUACUGAUGUUGAUAAUUCCGACGCUCAAUCCCAUGUUUUAUGUAAUGAAAAUGAUUCGUUCACUGACAAUAACAAUUUAUUUGAGCUUUUAAAUAACGAGCGAUAUUGGUUUGUAUUAGCUCGCAGUAAGUUUAUUUAUGGUGAAAAAACAUGGAACAAUAUUCUUAUGCAAACAUCAACAACAAUAAAUGGUACAAUUUAUUUAGAGUUUAUUGGAGAGAAUAGUUACAAUAGUUCUUGUGUUAAUUCUCAAAAAGGUCAAAUUGUAUCAAACAUAAAAUCGAAUCGAGUAUCUAUUCAUUGGCCAAAUGAAAAAGGUUUUCUUGAAAUCCUUUUUAUUGAUGAAGCUAUGAUACAUUUUAUUCUUUGCUAUUCAAUUGAGUCAAAUCAAACUGAUGUUUGUGCUCGUAAUCAAAGUGAACACUUUGUUAUUCAGAAUAAUGAACAAGAACAUGGAAAUGAUACAAUGUUAUGGUUAAAAUCUCAUUGUUCUUCGAUCAAUCUAGAUGAUUUCAUUGUUAAUGAUAAUCCAAAAAAAUGUGUACGUGUUGUUUUUCAACCAGAAAUAGUUGACAGUGAUCCUGUUGAACAACCAAUCGAGACUAGCAGUCAAAAAAUUUUUGAAACAACAUACUCAGAAGUUAUUGAACAAGAAACUAUUCCAGUAACAUCAAUGCCUGAACUUGAUUUUACUACACGUACCAAUAGAACAAAUCGAUUAGAAGUUCUUGAAGAAUAUUACAAUAAUGUUACUACAAAUUCAAUGAAUGAAGAUCAACUCGAACAAACAAUACCAAUGAAAACCAAAGAGAUAGUUGUACUUGCAACAGAUACAUCAUCUAGCGAACAAUCCGAUCAAGCAAAUUUAACUCGUGUCCAACAAAAUGGAUAUGUUGAAGUUGUUUUUAUCGAUAAACGAAUAAUAUUAUGUAUUCAUGAGAUUGAUAUAGUUUUAGAAUCUGUUGCAAAUGAAACAGUCGAUGGAGAAGUUCCAGUGUUAGUAUUACACAAAGCAGUUAUGACUGAAACAACAGCAGAAGUUUUACUAGAUAAUCUAGAAAUGACACAAAGUGUUUCUACUCAAUUAUUGGAAAAGAAUGAGUCCACUAACGUUAAUAUGCAUAUUACUACUGCAGUUAAUCCUUCAACAGUAUCUGUUAGUCCAACCACUGCAAAAGAAAUUUUACAUCAACCAACAACAUCUCUUCAUGUCGAAGAUUCUACUAUCUUAGUCAAUGCAGACUAUGAAAGAAAUACUACUAUAGUUGAAGGUAGAAUUGAAUUAACUACUGUUGAUACAACAAUACCAACAACUGUUGUGCCCACUGAUUGUCCAGUUUUAAAGGAUUGUCCAUUUGAUUAUUGUGCAUUUGCUCGCAAGUUUGAUAUUCAUGGAUGUCCAACAUGUCAUUGCAUUCAAGCAAAUAAAUCAAACAUAAUCUGUCCAACAUUAACUUGUCAAGAAUGUCUAUAUGGACAUUAUACAGAUCCUUACGGAUGUCCUAUUUGUCAAUGUCAAAAUCGUCCAUAUCCACCAUUAGGUGAACGUUGUCCACAAUUAAAUUGUGAUCCAUGCUAUUUUGGCACAGUUAAAGAUGAAUAUAAUUGUGAUACAUGUGUAUGUAUUCGACCUAAUAGUCAAGAAUGUCCCGUACUUAAUUGUACAUUUGGAUUAUGUAAAUAUGGUUCAGUUAAAGAUGAAGAUGAUUGUGCAACAUGUGAUUGUUUAUUACCAACAACAAAUACAACUGAAGUUAAUUGUUCAACUCCGAUUUCAUGUCCUUCAUGUCAUCUUGGCUAUGUAACCGAUGCUGAUGGAUGUCAAACAUGUCAAUGUAAAUUUCGUGGUAGUGCUCCAUGUGCAUCAGUAUCAUUUGACUGUCAAUGCGAGUAUGGAUCCUAUUUAAAUUCUGAUGGAUGUGAAACAUGUUCAUGUUUACCUGAUCCAAAAAGUGCUUCAGGUCAAGCAUGUUGGGAAUUAUUGAAUGAAGCAAAGUUUUAUAAUAUAUCUGGACCAAAAUGUGCAUCAGAUGGAUCAUUUUAUGCUCGCCAAUGUGAUAUAUCACAAUCAAAAUGUUGGUGUGUUACAUCGACUGGUAUUCGUGUUAAUGGAUUUGAAUCAAAACCAGAAGAAAAUGUUAAUUGCGGUUGUGCAGUAGAAUUAUAUCAAGUAUCAAGUCUUCGUAUGAUUGGUCAUCAUUUAUUAUGUUUAUUAAAUGGAAAUUAUGCUCCUAUUCAAUGUGAUGGUCGUUAUUGUUCAUGUGUUGAUGAAAAUGGUAAAUUAAUUGGACCAACUGUAUCUAUUCAAAAUCGUGAUCAACUUCGAUGUGUUGGUGUUUAUCAACAACUUCAUCCAGAACGAUUUUUAUUACAUCGAGCAAUUAUUGAACAAUCUAAUGGAACUUCAUUUCCUUAUGGAAUAUCUUCAUCAUUAUGUUUAACACAUCUCGAACAAGUUCGUAAUGCAAAGAUUAUUGAUGAUCAUAUUCUCAUUCCUGUAUGUGAUGCUAAUGGUUUAUAUGCAUCUGUACAAUGUGAUCAAAGCGAACGAUAUUGUUGGUGUGUAGAUAAGAAAACAGGUGUUGAAAUGGAUGGUACACGCCGACUCAAUGCUCGACCUAAUUGUAGUAUUGUCUGA